AGCAGCAUCAGUCAGUCGCUGGCGAUCGACUGGGAUCGACGUGUAAUUCGUGUCGUGUCGCAAAGUGUAUGUUUAGAUACACGAUCGACAAGCAGCGAGAUUUCCAAGCUAAGCGAUUCCAUGAUCACGUCAGCGAGGAACGUGGAUCUGCCAGAGCACUCAACCUUCCUCGGCAGCAAGGCACAUCGGGCAUUUAAGAAAAUGCCGAUCCUGUCCCAGUUGUCGCGUCGGUUUCACAUGUUAACGACGGACGCGAAAGCAGAUCCGCCGCGGACCGGAAUCGAGGGCUACACGCACAAUCUUCCACCGACGUCGGAUGAGGAAUUGAGAAAAACACAGUCUAAAUCAGCACCUACCACGCCGGAAAAGGAGCACAAGGGUGUUACGACGGAGCGACAGAAAUCGGUACCGAACGAUGCGAGGCCUACGACGCCCACCGAUUUUAGCAAACCGGAAGAUCUGGGCGACAACACAAGGUCUACGAGCGAGUCGAAAGAAUACAAACGACCAAAGACGAAGACGAAAUCAAAGCACAGUAAAUAUUCUCAAGGCACGAAUGUCAUAAAUUACAACAUCGUCAAUUCGAAUGGAGUAAAAAUCGGCUCGCGGACAAGCUAUAUAUGCAAUGUAAAUCAGUAUCCGGCAAGUAACAACGCAUCCGCGACACAAUCAGAAGCGAAACCGAAUCGAUCGAUGCCGGAUAACGUGGAAGAGUUAAGCACAUGCGAAGAGGAACUCGCAACUGACAAUAUGCUUAUUAUUAAGACGCAUAUCGGACACGGAUGGCGGGAUGUCGCGAGGAGGCUCUCAUAUUCGGAUGGGCAAAUCGAACAGUUCGAAGAGAAUUACAAGCACAAGGGUAUCGACGAGGUAAUCUAUCAAUUGCUGCUCGAUUGGAAGCAAGCUAACACACGGGAUGCCCAACUCGGCACGUUAGUCAGUAUAUUGUGGUCUUGUCAGGAGUAUGAUUGCGUCGAGAGAUUGGCGGCAGCACGCAAGAAUUCAUUUUAGUCAGGCACGGAAAAUCUCUAACAUUUGUAUAUAUUUAUAUACACGUAUAUAUAAAUUCAUAUAUUUAUAUACAUUUAUAUGUACGUGAACAAUUGUGAUCUUUUUUUACUCGAAAACACUCCAUUGUUUUUUAUACAUAUCAUAUUUUAGUAUGUAAUUUAUAGAAUGUACAAUGUACACAAAAAUACAUAUAAUUUCGAUCAUGAAGAACGUUCGCAUUCGCCUAUAGAUUCAGAUUGGCGAAUGGGAUGAUUGCUGAUUCAGCUAAUUCAUAUUUAACCUUCGUCCGUUUCGCCAAACGGAAUGACAAUGAACUUACAAUUCAAGCAAGAACAUGAUCUGGUUAAUAAUAUUUGGACAUUAUUACGAAUCUAACAUCAUUUUACACAAUACAUGUAUCUACAAAUAAUAUUGCAAAAUGUAUACAUAACAUUUUUAUCAUUUACUGUGUAAAA